UAGGCUCAGGUAGAGUUGGCGGAGACCGGGCUGCGGUUGGGCUGGCUGAGCAAGCGCCGGCCGUGGAGCUGCCCUCAGGAAGAGGCCCCUUCUCCGAAUUCCCUCAUGGAGGGAUUGACUACAGUGUCUGAAUCAUUGGAAAAGAAAGCCCCUUUCUCAAGGUGAAAGGAGUGUUGUGAACUUCUGAGGGCCUGAUCGUUAUUGGUGAACUGUUCAAUGUAAAAGACUUGACUCCAUAACCUACAUCUGCCCUAAUGUUGUCAUCUGGAGUAGAGACUCAGCCAGUUCCACUUGAUUCCUCCAUGUCUGCUGUGGUACAGGAAUUAUACUCUGAACUCCCAGUAAGUGUCUCCAAAGAGCUUCAUGCUGACUCUGAGCCAAGUAUAAUUCCAGGUGAUGUAAAACCUGGAGCCUCAAGUUCUCUUAUAGGUCAGAGUAGGGCAUUGCCCUUGGAGCUGCAGAGGACUCAUGCAGAAAGUUGUUGUGAAGAAACCUUGGAGACCGUGGAUCAUGGGGUUGAGCCUGGGCAGUGUGGGCUACUGGACCCCACAGCAGGAGGUUGUAUGGCUUUCGGGAUCUUGGAUAGGGAAAAGAAAACCAAGAGCAUGGAACUGAAGGUCUUCAGAGAUCAAGGGGACCAGGUGGAAGUUAUAAGAGACCCCUGUGAGGAAACAAAGGAAGACCCAUGUCAGCAUUCCACAGCUGCUGAAGAAAAGGUCUGCCCAAGUCAGGAGGAUCUCCUGACAUACUCCAGCCAAGAACUUUUAUGCGUGGACCUUCCCGAAGAUUUUCUACGGAACAAAGGAAAUGUACAGAUUACAACUGAAACUCUGCUAAAAUCCAUGGAAGAAGUACAAGGUAUGAAGGUCAAUGGGACUAAGAUGGAUAAUAAUGAAGGACAAAAGAAUGGCAAUGUGAGUAAAGGUCUCUCAGCUGGGUGCAGCGAAUGCCCAGAAGUAGAGAAAUUCAUGACCAGUGUUGAGGUUUCAGAAACCAGCACACUAGUUUCCCUAGAGCCUAUAACCUUUGUGGACCCUGGAUUAACAGAAACAACUCCUAAAGAAAAAGAACGUGAAGAAAUAAAAACUUAUCCUUCUUGGUUGUCAUUAUUACCAGGGAACAGUGCCAUUUCCAAAGUGGACAAUGGGAAAGAAGAGUUGUGUAAAUUAGACCUUGUCUGUGAAGCAGAUGACAAUCACCAACAGGUUCUUGGCCACCAUAAUGAAAAACAUAGUUCUGCACAUAGUCCCACAGCAACAGGAAAUGUAGUUGCUGUAAAACCCUUGGAAGAAAAUUCUGAAGUUUCAUAUUUCACAUCAUGUUUGUCUGGUCCAGAAUCCAGAGCAAUAUCCUUAGAAAAAUGUGGCUUUGAAGGUGAUGGCUUGCUGAAGGGAUCUGCUGAAAAGACAGACAAUUCCUAUUUUGAUGGGAAUGAUCAAAGCAAAAACUUGGCUUCUACAGAAGAAAAUGAAGACCAGCUUUUGAAUCCCAGCAAUGAAAGAGAGGAACUCUUUCUUAUUAAUGCCAGGCAAGCAGAAAUGGAUGCUAAUGGACAUUGUUGUGGUGAAAAAGAGACUAUUAAUUCCCCAAAAGAAAACAUCCACAAUAACCAUUGCAUUCAAGGCAGGUUCCGUACAGAGAGUUCUGGUUCUUUAAUGCCUGAUUCUUUUACUGAAGCCACAGAAGUAAUGUUUAAAAAGAAAGAUAUGAAAAACACUUUAGGCAUUCAAGGUAGCUUGACAAACCCUGAGGACCUUAGAGAAACUUUUACUAAUAUGAGCCAUCCAGAUGGACACUCUGAAGAAAGCAAUUGUUCCUCCUUGAUGCAGAUUGAAGAACCAGAGCAAAUAACCUCUACAAAGCCCAAUAUGUUAGGUGAAAAGAUUUAUAGUAGAGACUCUAACGCCUUAGUCAGCAUCAAGAGAAAUCUGGAAGGCAAUACCCAGUUAAAUGAAGCAUCAUGUAAUGAUUUUUUGUUUGAAAGAAAAUCCCUUGUGAGUUUAAUGCCCGAGGAUCAGCUCAGUCCUGUAAAUGAGGUAUCAAAACCCAAGAAAGAUAAUGCUCAGUUACCACCAUCCCCAGAAUUCAAUUGCAGAACUGAGUCAGAAAAAGCUGUACAGAUCUUACAAGAUGAUAUUCCAUGUUUAGAUGAACAGAACACUGCCUGUGAGAUGAAUGAACUUUCUUGUACCAAUGAACUGGUUGUAAACAAAGUAGGAAGUGAAUGUGUUUUAAAUCAAGUGUCCCUUAAUUCUCGAGACCAUGCAAAGUUGCCAGCUGACUCCAUUCUGAAUAUGAACAAAGAGAUAUCUUUAGCAACAAGUGAAAGUGCCCAACAGAGUCAUAACCCUCUGUUAGAGGAUGGAGCAGAUGUCAUUGCUGAUAUCCAAACCAUUCCCAUUAAGGCAGAAAUGAAAGACAUCUCUCCACCAGGUGACAAAACCUGUGGUGCCUCUUCAAGCAGUCCCACCUUAAACAUCAAACCAGGAAGCCUAAAAAGAAAAAAAGAAAUAGCUGAUUCAAGAAGAGAAGGUCUACAUUCCAGGCUUCUCUCAAGUAAGAAAGAAGCAGCUGGCUUUCCUCAAGAGGUCUCUAUAAUAGAAUGUCAAAAUGUUCAGUCUCAGGAUAUCUCUAGCUAUCAUUGUGUAAGAAAAAAUGUACCUGAAGAGAAUAAGUGUUCUACUUGUGUUGCUUUUGGGUCCAGCAAAAUCAUUUUGAAAGAUGAUAACUCUUUGAUAAUAGAAUGUGAAAAUGCAUUUCAGCACAGUGCUCACCACUCCCAAGGAACAGAAGACUCUGUGGAAAGUAGCACCCAUAAAGUGAAUUGUACAUCAGAGGAAAGUGGACUUGAUGGGAAAGAAACUAAAGGCAGCCUUCAAGGAGAUAUGGUCAGAAACGAAAUGACAGCAGGUGUGUUAAAUAGUGGAGCUUCAAACAAAACUGCUCACACUACCCAUCACAUCAAACCCAAUGAGGAAGGGCUAAAAGGAAAGGAACAGUAUAUACCCAGAGAGACUGUAUUUUGUAUGUAUAAUAUCUGUGAUUGUGCUAUACAAAAACUAAGCCAAUCUGCAAACAUUCCACGUCCUGAAAAGUUUUUGGACCAGUCUGUUACUGUUAUGUUCUCCACUUUUAAAAACAUGAACCGAGCAGUUGAAACUCUUGAUCAGAAGGCAGAUGAAGUCCUUGACUGCCAGAGUAACCAAAACAGACCAGUUGAAUGCAGAAAUGAAGAUAAACCAUCUAAGGAUACACUAGGUAGUGACCAGAGAGAGACCAUCACAGAGCCUAACAGAGAGGCAAGCCACAACCAAAAGGAUCUGCUCGUUAGUUCAGGCAGUAAUAGUCGACUGUCUUCUGGUAGCACAAAGAAAGACAAUUUGAAAGGAGCCUUGGAAAGUAUUUCUGGUUGUGAAGAAUCCACAGACAGUAUGGUAGACAUCAUUUACCCAGACUGUAGUAAUAAGCCUAUAGAAAGUGUGCUGUACAUGAAAGCAUCUAGUACACUUGAUAGGAGUGCAAGGCAAGAUAGACUGGUAUUCCAAGAAACCUCAAGGAGUACCUUGUCUCAGAAAGGAGAACCAGGUGCUGCAUUUAUAGGCACGACUGACCAGACCUCAGAUUUCCCAGGUGCUGCUGCUUCUACAAUGGAAUCUCUUGAAAUAAAAAAAUCAUGUAGAGAGAAAGUAUGCAGAUCUUUAAAAGACUGUGAAAUGGAAGACUGUCCAGACUCUUGUGGCCAUGAGAUGGAGUCUGUUGCAGAUCAUGAGCCAAAUAUAAGAAUAUUAGAUAGAGUAAAUGUGUCUUUAAAUUAUAUUUUUCAUGCACAGCGAGGUAAAGGAGCAUCUUUGAGAGAAACACAAAGAAUGACUGAAGGAUCAAGACUAGAAAUAAAUUCUGAGUUUGGCAAGGAAGAUACCUUAGUAAUUUCCUCAAAAGAUUUGAUGUCUUCUAGAUGCCAAGAUGAGAAUUCUGUUCUCAUAGGGACCCCAGAAUCCACUGGGAUAAUGCCUUUGUGUCUGUCUGCUCAAGAAAAUUCAGAAACUAAUAUUAAUAGUGAAGAAACUGACCUGAAAAAUAUUUUUAAGCCAAAAGAUGAUGACAUGCCUUGUGAGAAAGUAAAGGACUAUACAGUCCUGCCUGAGAUGAAGGAAGGAGUACCAAGAGAUAUGAAUAAUUCUAGUGGAAGAGAUGGCAUAUACAUCAGCGUGAAAAAGAAUGCUUGCAAAGCUUGUCACACUCAUGAGAAUUCCACUGAUAGACAUUUGCCUUUGACAAUGGAAACAGAAACUGAAGUGAAAGGAGGAGAAACUGAAGAACAUCAGAGGAGACCAUUGGGUCAUUUAACUGUUGGAGAGGAAUCUGAGAAGAUGAUUACCAGAGAAGAUGGUGAUGAUGAUAAUGUGAGCAAAAUUUCUCAGGCCCACUUUAACUGUGAGAGGAUGCUUGAUGAUGGUGAAAAACAACAAAGCCAGAAGGUUUUGAACUAUAUGGUGAAGGAAGAGGAAUAUAUACAUCAACAAGCACAUACAACAUUGGAACAAUGCACAUCAUCUAAUAUGUUGUCGUCAGGUGAGGCACAAAAUAAGAACCAACCUAAGCUUGACAAAGAUGAGUCCACCAUAAUGAAAGAAAUUACCCUAGCAAAGCUGGCCAGAGGCAUCAUAGCCACACAGUUUCAGAAGUUGAAAGACCCAAAGGAGGAAAGCUUAUGUCAUCCACUAAAGAAAGACAUUGAGUUUUGCACAGGUCCUUGCCUUCCUGGGGCCCCCUGGAAAGUGCAAGAUCCCAGUGCUGCUGGGUGUGAUCAAAUAUGUGGUGCCUUUGUGAACACUUCACGUCAGAAAGGAAUGCUUCCCUUGAAGAAGCAGCCCCAUCGAACAUGUAAGAAAGUUUCCUGUCAGGAACAAGUUAGUGUGGGGAGAAAAAUAAGUAAAAUCAGAAGUUCUGCCUUUUUUAAAAGUUCCUCUGAUCCCAUCCCCACAAAAGCACACAGACUUCUUAGUUCAUGUGCUGUACCUGUACCCACUCGAUUGGAACCCGAAACAGUACCUACCAGGAGCUUGAUUAGCCACAUACCAAAGCAGAAGGCUGCUCCAUGCCAUCUCUUGAGGAGCCUGAAUUUUCGGAAGCCUACCAAAGAAUCAGCCUUAUUAAACAAGCUGUCCAUCCUUGCCUCCAAACUGGCCCCAGCCACAAAGAUACAGAAAUUCCGAUAUCGGCGGUGUUCCUCUGAACUUCUUCCAGUGGCUAACAGCUGUAAGCGCUUCAGAUAUAAAAAGCUCCUGGAUGGAUUUUCAUACAAUACAAUGCAGCUGAAUCCAUACUUGGCAGCUAGUGGAUGGGAUAAGAGGCCUAACAGUAAGCCCUUGGCACUUUAUUCUCUUGAAGCCAUCAAAAUGACCUGCAUAGAUCUGAACAACAAAACACCAUCACUGCUCUUUGGCUCUGAAAUCUUCCCAGUAUCCUUUCACGUGAAACCAGACUCAGAUUGCAUGACUGAGUCCUCAAAGACUUUUCCUGAGCACUGUGCUCCAGCAAGGCUUGCCUUAGGAGAAGCCCGCGAAUGCCCAUCUCAACCUCCCAAGUGGACCUUUUCUUUCUUCUUGUCCCACAGUUACCCUGGGAUGACCACAUUCAGGGAAGACUCUAGCCUCCAUAGUCAGGCACAUACUCAGGCUCCUCCACAGCCUCCAGCUCCUCUCCAGGACUAUGGAGGCACUACCAUAGUCCAGACUAGAGCAGACUGCUCUGUCCUUGGCCUUCACACGCUUCUAGCACUUUGUUCCCCAGGAUGUUACCGAAUCUGGACAAAAAAACGAAGCUUCUCCAGUCACAUGCCUACCAUGCAGAGGCUCUUCAUGACCCAGUUUACACAGGGCUUGAAAGGAUUAAGGUCUCCAGCCUCCAUAGCAGACAAGGUCUUCUGUUCUCUGCCCUACUCGGUGGGAAGAGUGCUGUCCAUUUGGAGCCAGCAUGGGCCUUCUGCCGGCUCCUUUGAAAUUUCUGCUCUUCAUUCCACUCACAGCAAGCGGCCAAGUCUGGGUACAACAAGCAGCCACACUAUGUUACCAUAUGUGCCUCUUCCAGGCAUGGAAGCUACUUAUAACACCAAUGUCAGUCAGAUGAGGUUAGAGCCUCCAUUCCCUGCGUUGGUACCAAAGUCUUGCUUGGUAACAGAAUCAGCUGUCAGCAAGCUCCUGUUUUCAGCCUCUGAGUUCCAAGUCCCUGGAUUUGAUGAGCUGGAUGGUGUGACAGCAGCUUGUCCCCGACCACAGAGCAGCCCCCAGGAACAGAAAGAGGCUGAGCUGGAGAAGAGGCCAAAGAAAGUCUCACAGAUUCGUAUCCGAAAAACCAUUCCUAAGCCAGAUCCUAACCUUACCCCUAUGGGCCUUCCUCGACCCAAAAGGUUAAAGAAGAAGGAGUUUAGUUUAGAAGAAAUAUAUACCAACAAGAAUUAUAAGUCUCCUCCGGCAAAUAGGUGUUUAGAGACUAUCUUUGAGGAACCCAAGGAACGAAAUGGUACGCUAAUUUCAAUCAGCCAACAAAAGAGGAAGCGAGUUCUAGAAUUUCAGGAUUUUACAGUCCCACGAAAGAGGAGAGCUCGAGGUAAAGUCAAGGUGGCAGGCAGCUUUACCAGGGCCCAGAAGGCAGCUCUGCAGAGUCGAGAGUUGGAUGCUCUUUUGAUACAGAAACUAAUGGAACUGGAAACCUUCUUUGCCAAGGAAGAGGAACAGGAUCAAUCAUCAGGAUGUUGAGAAGCAAUUCAGUUUGGGGGUCUUAAUUUUAGAUUUUUUUUUUUUGGACCUCCUUGGAAGAGGUUGCCUAAUUUUGCCCUACAACCCAAAUCACUCAAAAUGCACAGUCCAUGAAUUUUUACCUAUUUCAAAGUGCAACCUUUUUAGGAACUGGUAAAGGAGAGUCCUCUAAUUCUACUGCUUAGUAUAGAACCUCAGGAAUGCUCCCUUUCUCCUGGAAAUGCUCCUGAAUGACAUCUGGCCUCCUCCUCCUCAAUCUUUGCCAUCCACAGGAGGAAAAAGCAGCAUGUCUUAAGUAACACUAUGAUUCCAAGGAUUCACAGCAUUUGCACGUCCAUAUGAAAGUUCCACUUUGUUUACAGUGGUGCUAGACCAAGAUUAUCUAGAAACAUGGCCUAGGGAGGGGAAAUUGGCAUCCUGUCCUGUGUGGUCUCACUGGCUCAUUUCAGUAGUUGAGCAAAGAUGAGCUGUUGUGUUUUCUAAUCCUUUGAGUCUGUCUGCCCAGAACCUGUUGGUGUGAGGUUGUGUGUGUGAGUGCGCAUGUGCGCGAGCUCACGUGGCUUUUUCCCUUCGUUUUCUCCCCUCUGUGACUGUGGGUCACUAGUGCCAGAGGAGCCCAUCCAGGCCCCGUUUGAAGUAAGUUGCACUUUUUAAUGUUGUGGUGUUAUUUUCAUUUGUUUUAUUUCCUUUUAUUAUUAUUAUUAUUAUUAUUGCUGCAUGUUUGGAGCCUUUAAAUGUGAUUUUAAAACAAUUUUUUGAAGACAUUAAGGAGAAGGACAAUACGUGUCUUAAGAAUACAUAAUAGGCAUUCGACCCAGUUGAUCAGUGCGUGGAAGAGACAUUUUCUCAUUCCUGUGUUUCAAGCAGUCCCUUCCCCAUCUCCAACUUCUAGUGUAGCUCAUUAGAGGGAGCACUUUUUUCGUCUAGGUUCUCACUCUUGCCUACUAAUUAUGUGUAUUUAGUGAUGUAAGAGCAGGUUUCUCUCCUGAUCAUGUAAAAAAUACCAAGGUUGGGUGUGGUCUCCAUGGGUUUUAUCUGAAAUGGUGGUAUGAAACAAAGUUGGGUACAACAGCUCGGGUAGUGACUAAGGGCCACCCAGAGUGUUUGCAGCUAUCAGAGCAGCCUGCUCCAAGAGUGGAGAGAGAUUCAGGGUAGUUGCUCAGACCCAGUAAUGCAUUCUUGUGGGAUCAUGAAACUCCACUGGCAGCAUUUACUGAGGGCACCUCACUGCACUCUGGGCUCCUGUGUCAAACCUCCUGGAAAUGUUGUCAACUUUCAGAAUUAAUUGAGUUUCUGGGUGCCUACAAGAGCCUGUGGGCAGGGGGAUGCAGCGUGAGUCAGCAGGCACCGGGGUCUCAUUCCUUUCCCAGUGGAUCUGUGUACCCCGCCCUGCUCCCCCUCCUCUCCUUCCUUUGUGGUUUAUCUUUUCUCUCUCUCUCUCUCUCU